AUGACCGAGCUGCUGUUCCUGAACGACGCUUAUGCCAGCGAGUUCACGGCCACCGUUAUCGACCUUACCGACGAUGGGGGCGUGGUGCUAGACCGCACCGCGUUAUACAUUGGCGGCGGCGGCCAGCCCUGCGACGUUGGAACGCUGUCGGAUGCCGGUGGUGCAAACUACCGAGUGGUCAAGGUCGCCCGUUCCGGCGGGGCCAUUGUGCACACGCUGGAAGGCGAUGCGCGGCCAGAUCCCGGCGACGAGUUGCAUGGAAAGGUGGAUUGGGAUCGUCGCUACCUGCUGAUGCGGACUCACACGGCGUUGCACAUCCUGUGCGGCGUGGUUUGGCGCGACUACGGCGCCCACGUUACCGGCGGCGACAUGCGGCCCGGUGCGGCGCGCAUGGAUUUUGAGCUGGAAAAUAUGACUGCCGAGUUCGCCGGCGAGGUGGAAGCGCGCAUCAAUCAGGAAGUGGCUCGGGAAAGGGAUAUUGUGGUCGAUUCAAUGACUCGGGCCGACGCCGACGCUCAUCCCGACCUGAUCCGCACCAAGAUAAAUCUGCUCCCCGCUGGCAUCAAGGAAGUUCGAACCAUCGACAUCUCGGGGCUCGAUUUGCAGGCUGACGGCGGAACCCACGUCCGCAACACCCGCGAGGUAGGACGCAUCAAGGUGGUCGGCCACGAAAGCAAGGGUCGCAUCAACAAACGCCUUCGCAUCGAACUGGAAUAG